CUCUCUGCAUUUGUUCAAACAAAACACUGAACCAUCCUCUAACUGGAGUUGAUUAUUGUUCUCAUUUAUUCAUGCUUUUCAACCUGUGUUGUGGAGCUGCAGCAGAAUGAUCCAUGUUCCCUUGUUUUGUUUUUGUUUGACAGCUGGACUAUCAGUGUCGUCUUCUCUUAGGACUCUGGACAAGCGGCUGGACUGCAAUCAGCUGGGUCUUGACAACUGUAAAAUUAAUAACUGCUCAGACAAACACCCGGUCGCACCCAGACAACAUGCUCCUGUUGACCCAGAAUGGGGUCCUGAGCAUGUGGGAGUCUGGAUGGACGAACAUGGGCCUGUUCCUGUUUUGAGUGUUACAUGGAAAAUAAAACCAGAUGGAAGUGUGAAAGCUCUUCGUGGAUCAGAGAUAAAUAUUAGGGAUGAAAGUACAUAUCGAUGUAUGUGUGUGCAGUUUUCUUACAAACUUAACUCAAACCAACAGCAGAAUCCAAAAAACGAGCAGUGGACGUUUUCCUUGAAUGGAGUCAUAGUGGAGCCUGAGCAUACAUACAGGGUGUCCGUUAUUAAUCUGCCAGAACCUGACGUUGGAGACUAUGUAAUAAGAAAGCAAAUUACCAUCCCAGGAUGUGGAGACAGAAGAAUCCAAAAUGCCGUAAUAUGUCUGGAAAAUGGUAGUCAAUGGGAUCACCACCUGACCACUGAUGUGUCUCUGAAUAAGGAACGUAAAACAUUUUCCAUUUUUGUGGGUUUUGAGGCUGCAGAGUAUUCAGAGAGAUACAGAGUCUCCCUUCAGAGUCAUGGUUUCCAUUCCUCAAAGAAUGUCUCAAAGGGAAACACAACAUCGCUGAAUGCGACAUUUGAGUUUGGUUCAUGGCAGAUCUCACAGUGUAAAAUGUUAUUAACAAUUCAGCCAUUUUUUAUUCGAUGCAAGAAUGACUGUCGGCGCCUCAAGAAAUCAAUCGAUUUAUGCCCGUAUUAUCAACCACGGACUUGGGCUAUAAAGGCAACCGUGGAGCUGCUCAUCAUUGGUGUAUUUCUUGGUUAUUUACUGUGGAGAGCCUUUCAUAAAGAUCCUGUAAACACAACGUCAUCUGCUGCCAAACAACAACCACAAGGUUUUCAAGUGCAAGAGAGAAGAAGAGUUCUCAUCAUCUACUCCCUUGACCACCAUUUAUACAAAAACAUCAUCCUUAAGCUUUGUGCCUUCCUCUCAAACAAAUGUGGCACUGAAGUGGUCCUGGAUCUGCUGGACUCUACAAGACUGGGAGUUUUGGGAAGCAUCCAGUGGUUGGACUGGCACAGAGAACAAAUGGAAAGCUCUUCAGAUAAGAUACUAAUCCUGUGCUCACGGGGAGUACAAGCUAAAUGGAGAGCCAUGUGUGGUGACAAACAGGUUUUUCUAAGAGAGGACGCCCGCUCAUCUGUAGGCGACAUGCUCAGUCCAGCCCUCAGCCUCGUGGUCCCCCAUUUUAUUCGAUCGACGUCGUUUGAGAAAUACAUUGUGGCUUACUUUGAUGAUGUUUGUUCUGAAGAAGAUGUUCCUUCACCUUUCAACAUCACUGUACGAUACAAGCUGAUGAAACAGUUUGAGGAGCUCUUUUUCCGAAUCCUGGACACUGAGAAACACGAACCCGGCAGAGUGAAUCACAUUAAAGGGUUUUCAGAGGACGAGUAUUGUCACUGUCCCUCAGGUAGAGCCCUGCGGGACGCCAUAGAGGCUUUUCAGGCAUACCAGCUGGAGCAUCCACAGUGGUUUGAAGAUGAAUUACUGGAAAGCUCAGAGUUGAAGGCUGAAGAAAAGUCAGCUGAAAUCUGUGACAAUACAAAAACAACCACAAACCUUACUGCGUAUCGUGGACCUGCCUCAACCAUAUUCACCAGUCACGUAACAACACAAGAAAAUGAUUACACAGCAGAUAGAAUAGGACAGAACGUGGCUGAAGAGUUUCAAAUGUGCAUGACGGCUGAGGUCACCCCCUUUAAUGCUGAGAACAUGCAGCAAGUUUGAU